CAACGGAUAUAACCCCUUCUGGACUCGUCUUCUUCUUUCUUCGUUGCCGAAUCUUGACCCGACCCGAUCUCCGACUGCAAUUACCUCCAAAUUCUCGCUUCUUUCUCCGAAAUGGCCCCCUCCAUUGACCCCGCAACUUGGGUCCAUGAAUCCUCUAUCAUCAAAGAGGAUGAACUUCAAGAAAUGGCGGAAUUCCUGGGCAAAGGCUUCCGGAUUCACCAUCCUGACGCUGUCGGGAGGACUAGUCUAACUCAUAAUCCGAAUCCCCAGAAAUACAUGGUCAUGCAUUACCAUUCGGUGGGAAACGGGUUAAGGCUGCCCCUCCAUGGUUUGGUCCGCGACAUCUGCCAGACCUUCGGGUUCCCCCCUGGUCAACUGACCGCGAAUGCGCACAAAUAUGUUGCAUCCUACAUCUUGCGGUGCUGUGCCAAGGAUAGGACCCCAACCCUAGACGAAUUUCUCGCCCUUUUCAGCAUCGGUGGAGUUUUCCCUUUCUAUAGUGUGUUUCCUCAUCCCAAAUUCCUAGUUUUUGAUAAGGACUCCGGAUUGUACAAGAAGGCUGAUUUCUACUAUCCUCUGGGCCCCGACCCUAUCCCGUUUGAAUGGGUAUCCACCCCUGGGAGGUCAAAGGCUUCUCCCACUGUGGGAUCUCCUUCAGUUGGAGAUCCCUCCGGGGACCAGGCUCAAGAUGGCGCUACUGCCUUGGUAAUUUGCACACCAUCUGCCGCCCUGGAUGCUGUUCCCAUUUCUGCCAUUCCUGGGCUAAGAAGGCCCAUGCCGUCCCAGAAGCGGCCACGGGAAGGGGUAACUGAUGACGACUUCCUUCCUAAGAAGAGUAAGGGUGAUGGCACCCCUGCUUCACCCAGCCCCCUGACUACUCCUUCUGGUGCUCAAACCGCUGCUACCGCUAUCGCAUCUGGAGAGCUGGAGUUACCCAACCCAGACAGCUUGGACCAUGAAGCGGAUAAAUCUCCUGACCAAGCGCCACUCCAAAGACCAGCGGGGCGACCUCAGCCUGUGGUGGAAAACGCCUCCCCGUCAAUUAUUGCCGCUUCUCAAGGGAUGGAGAAAGAGGUCAAUCUAGAGAAGAUGAGGGGAUUAGUGCAGGAUCCCAUAAUUCCACAGGCACGCCCUGACCUGCUUGCCCUUGAUGUCUUACACUCCAUGGAGCAGGCCCAACAAUCACUCCUCACUCUGACUGAGUACCUGGGUGGAGCAUGGGGAAAUUAUCGGGCCAUGGUGGUCCUAAAGGAUAAGGAGUUGGCCGCUAGAGCUCUGCAACAGAAGGUUGGUUCCCUCGAGCAGCAAGUCCAGGCCCUGCAAGAGGAGAAUGCCAGGCUCAAAGCAGAUGCCUCAACGGAAUUGCUGGCUGAGAGGUCCAGGGUCAAGUCCCUGCAAGAGCAGAUUGCCACCUACCAAGGAAGUACCCAGGGCCUGGAGACACAGUUUGACAAACUCCGGGGGCAAAUCUCCUGUCUGGAGUCGAAAGUCUCUGCCCUUGAAGGCAAAGAGGGGAGUCUGAAAGCUGAAUUGGUUGAAAGGGAAUCCCAGAUCUCCGAGUUGGACAAAUCACUCCAUGAGGCCAAGCUAGAGGGUGCCCACUUUAGUGAGGUCAUGUUGAAACACAUGGGGUUGAAAUGGGAAGCCCUCCAGAAGCUGGAGAAGGAGAGAAAGAUUGCCAAUGAGCUCCGGUUGAAGGUGGAAGAACUGGAGAAGACUGUGGCUUCCCAUCAAGGCGAGGUGGCCGCCUUGACCGCCCGUGCAGAGGCCCUCUACGAAGAGGGGAAAUUUGACAUGCAGCUCUGCAUUUACGAGGCGGUAAAAGCUUACUGUAUACGACUUGCAUAUGGGAGUCAUGACCUUCCCCUUCGGAAUGAAGGUCAAGCUCAAACCAACUUGGGAAUUCCUCGUUGGGUGGGUGAGAUCCCUGUCCCCUUCGGAACUACAGUUCUUAGAUCCCCGUGUACACGUUUUUACCCGGACAGCCAUUGGACCCAGCAGGUACCACAUGACUCUACCUUACUAACUUAUGACAUAUCUUGUCACUAUUUCCCUUCAGAUGACGAUCUUCCCGCCUCUCCCGCCCAGUCCAAUGACAUGGCUGGGCUGAGUCCCGGCAAAUUCUCAAGACUCUAUCCACCACCCCGUCUCCCUGCGCCUUCACCUCCUAGUCCACCCAGGCUCUCGUCCGGGAGGAUAGACUGGGACUCCAUGACUCUCCAAGACUUCGCCUUGUACCAGAGGAUGCGCAGGGCUAGACUUGGGUGUUCUUUCCAGGCCGUAGAGGCAGAACUUUCGCGUGAAAGCUGGACAGCUUCUCCAAACCUGCCAAGGUCUCCUAGUGACGGUUCACCACCUGCACCACCUGCACCCCGACUUGGGACGUGGGAAGACUAUGACAUGGGCGAGGCUGACGAUUCCGCCACGUAUCCUCCGUCAGAGAGAAGGAGCCCGUGGAGAGGGCCCCCUCCUCCUUCCAGCUGACUGCAUGGAUGCAAUUGGCCCUCCUUCAGCGCCUAGCCCCCUGCAGAUCAGUUUUUUCUUUUCUUUUCUUGUUUUAUCUCAAGAGACAUUCACUUGUUUGGUUCGGGAGUUACCCCCGCGUCCUGUGCUAAGGAAUGUCCUUUAAUUUCAGAUUAGGAAUAAUCGUUGCAAUUCAAAGAUAUAACCUUCGAAUUAGUAAUCGAUGAACUUCCUUAUUCCCUUAUUUCUUUCAUCUCAUUGGGAACCAUUAUUGUGAACCAAAGAUGUAGCCUUUGACCCAUCAAUAUAGCUCCUUGUGUUUA